GAUAUAUGUAGAAACACCAAGAUAUAAAAAGACAUUUUAUUUCUUUCUAGAAAAGCGUUUUGGACUUAAGCCAAAUUGUUGAAGGAGUAAUUUGUGUUCCGAGUUCUUCUUUAAUGAGAGACCGUCAGCCAUCAAGACGAGGGACCAUAGAUUCCGUCCGAUCUCGGUGAAUGGGUGCAAUGGCACACACCAUUUCAUGUAUGGAUCCAACAUGCCUUGAUGCGAUGAGAUCCGUUCGCAUUCCAAGCAAAUAUAUGGAGAAGAUUUGGAGAUAGAUUCGUGAAGGAAGAGAGCAGCGAGAGAGAUCUCCUUCCGCAAAGGCUGGUCGAGAGUAUCGGGAGAGGAGUGGAGCGAGGAUUUGGGCGAUAACAACUGCUGCGAAAAGAUUCGAUCAAACAGCUCUUUGGAUGCCAUCGCACCCCUCAGACAAUGCAAUCCUAGCCGAUUUUUGCGAGAUCUUCAGCUCCUCAGAUACCUGUCCUCCUCCUUCAAUGGAUCACGAUCGCUUCCUUCUCGGCCCGGAGCGAGGCUGAUGGUAUUUAGGUUCUUGGUAAGAGUGUUGGAUGGAAGUUCUGUUGCUGGGUGAAACGGAGGAAGCAUGACACCGGAUGAACAGACCAAAGGCAGCGUCCCCGGUGACGGUGGACUCAGAAUGGGGAAGAAGAACAAGCAGAAGAAGAUCCCCCAGCGCGGGCUUGGAGUCGCCCAAUUGGAGAAACUCCGGCUAGAAGAACAGCAGAAGAAGGGCGCGUCUUCCUCCUCCGAUCCAUCCACGCAGGGCUUCGGUUUCCCGCCGCCGCCCCCGCCCCCGCCACCGCCGCAGCCGCAGCAGCAGCAGCAGCAGCCUUACUUCCCGCUCGCCGCGGACGAAGGCGUGAUGCGACCUCGAGUCGCCCUGGUCGUGCCUGUCAAUUCCUACCCUGUCAUAUCAAUGCCACCCCCCCGGCCGGUCGCGCAGGACACCUCCAUGCCAGUGCUGUGGAACGCCGGCGAUCCGAACGCUUGCGACGAAGAGACGCUUCGAGUUCCGGUCUUCAUCCCGACAGAGGCAACAAAGAAAAUGGCGGCUUUCUCACCUUGUGUCCCAAGUGCUCUUCCCCCAACCCAUCAUUCUAUAAACCCGAUCAUGGUGACGUUGGUCAGGCAAGAAGAAAGUGGUGCACUUUGUUUCACACCCUUCUUACGGUCAUCACUCUCUUCUUCCUCCUUGAUCGAACUUGCUUGUUUGCUGCAGGAUGAACGACCCUACUACAGUUUCAUACCCAUCGGUCCAAGUAGAUCUGAGACAGCAACAUCCGAGAGGAGAGGAGAAGCAGCGGAUGGUAUCGAUCUCAAUCUGAAGCUUUGAGAAAGGAGGCUUAACAUUGCUUUUAGUACGUGUUCUUCGAGUUUCAUUUUGGAUCGUCAUGAAUCGCAUCAUCUGGUAAUGUCGUAUAAAUCGAGACGAUGCCAUCGAUCCAAGAAAUCUGCUGCAUACUUCAGUUCUACGAGGUCUUUAGACAUAUAUAUUAUGGAUCAUAUGACUACAAGCCAUUGGAGUAUGGUUGGAGAUCGAGUUGAAGACGAUGAAAUGAAUCAUGUGUAUGAUUUGACCGAUCGAACUGCUGCAAUGCAGGGAACUAAUAAAUAAUA